AGCGACACAUCGAGUGAGAGCAGACGGAAUGAUCUAGAUUUCAUAUUUAUGUCCACUGGAUCGUCUCUCUGUUUAAUAUAGCGUGAAAGGAUCGGAUGUACUUUACGCACAAAUCUCUAGGACGCAAUAGAGAAGCACCUCUCCAAAAUGACCAAAGUGGUGCCAUGGCAGGUUUUACGCAGGAGCCGACAGUGUUUGGGAAACUUUUAGGAGGGGUCUGUAAUUUCGCGUUAGCUAUCUGAAGACCCGGUAAUGUGUGAUAUCCCUGCUGCCGGUGGAACCGUCUAAUCCCUCCCUGAUUAUACCGCGCACAGAUGGAUUGCGUCCGACUGACACCAGGGCCAAGUCAGAUCGUUUUAACCGCUAUGCUUGCGCCUUGAUUGCCGAAUCGAAGCUAUUUGAGGGACCAGCAUUACUUUUGGAGCCCCCCCCUCCCAGCUUCUGAAAUGAGGAGAGCUGUCCUGAAAGAAGCCGCCAAACGGUUCCCCUGGCUUGCCAACGUCACUUUGUACGGGUGCUUAUUCGCCGGCGGCGACCUGGUCCAUCAGCUCAUCGCUCAGGAGGAGCACAUGGACUGGAAACACACUCGCCACGUGGCUAUCGUGGCUAUAAGUUUCCAUGGAAACUUCAAUUACUUCUGGCUGCGAGCCCUGGAGAGGCGUUUCCCCGGGAAAUCCGCCGGGAUGGUUUUCCGCAAACUCCUGCUGGACCAAAGCUUCGCGUCGCCUUUGGCCACCAGCGUCUUCUAUACAGGAGUGAACUUCUUGGAGGGAAAAGAAGACAUCUUUGAAGACUGGAGGGACAAGUUCUUCAACACCUGGAAGACUGGACUCAUGUACUGGCCGUUCAUGCAGUUUCUGAACUUUGUCCUGAUGCCGUUGUACCUGCGGACGGCCUUCAUGGGCUGCUGCGCCUUCCUCUGGGCCACCUUCCUCUGCUUCUCGCGGCAGAGCGGCGACGGCACCGCCGCCGUGGCUCUGGCCUUCGUCAUGGACCCCCGUAAGACCCUGGAGGAGAUUCGUGAGGCCCGGCUGGCUCGGAAAAAGCAAAAGAGCCAGCGGGAAAACUAGAAGGAGGAAGAGGAGGAAGAGGAAGGGGAAGGAGGAGGAGGAGAAAGGAGGAGGAGGAGGAGGAGGAGGCUUCUGUCUUUCAGGCCUUUGACAGAAGGGUUUCCACUUUGGCUUCUUCAUCAAACUGAUGAGCAGGUUACUGGUUGGUAAAAGGAAAAAUAUUUCUCUCUCACAUAGGCACACAACAGUUGACUAAUGACUGCCGUUAUAUUACUAAUAACUUUUUAAUAACAUUUUCUUCCUGUGCUGAAUAUUAUAUUUAUUCUUGACCUUUUUCUGUGCAAAGAGUAUAUACUAUUUCCCCCGAAAUAUGUUCUUGGUAAAGUAGGAAAGCAUUUAGGUAAAAGCAGGCGGCAACCUCUGGUUCUGAAGAGUG